UAUGCAUAUGUACAUAUAAAUAUGUGUGUGUAUGUGCGUAUCCAAGUAUUUUCCUUUAUUUACCUGCAGUGAGAACAUGGCACACCUAGAAACACACAUAUACAUAAAUAUAUGCGUGCACACAUAUAGAUAUAAUACACAGACACACACACAGAAUGUUUACUGCUAUAACUGUUGUCAGGAUUUAGCAUUUGUCGAAGUGAUUAGAUAACAGAACGGGUUAUGUGUAGGGUUUACAUUACACACAACACACACACACGCACAUGCAUAGACACAUAUACAUACAUUCGUAGACUCACAUAUGCACAUAAUAUUCUUAUCUCGAAAUAGACACACGCACACACAAACUCUUAUCUCAAAAUUUAACGUCUCCAAGUCUCAUAACAUCAAUAUAAAUAGACAAAAUUCAACACAUUUCUUUAUUCGUUUGCUGUUCUUUGAACUCACUGAACGUGGAAGAUAUUCCUGACAAAAAAACUCUUCAGAUUCCAACUGAAAGAAAUUAAUUAUUCAGACUGAUUUUAUUCAAAAGACAUGGCGGAUAUCAUGCAGAAAAUUAUGAAUGGUGACAUUGAAGGGGUUAGAAAUGUAAUAAGAAGGUAUCCAACAAUAAUUAACAGACCUCAUGCAUUUGGAGAAACUCCUCUAAUGUGGGCCUGUAUACAGGGCAUCGAUAAAAGAAUACUCGAAAUAUUGAUAGAAGCAGGAGGAGAGGUGAGAGCGAAAGACGUCGGGGGUUUAACAGCUUUACAUUGGGCUGUUGCUGGCUGUCGUCCUGAAGCCGUGGAACUUUUACUAUCUCGGGGCAGCAACAUAAAUGGGAAGGACAAUCGUGGCGGGACUCCUCUCCAUUCUGCUGCAAACUUACCUCGGGAAUGGACAGAUGUUGUGAAAGAAUUAAUGAAACACAGCGCUCUUGAGGUUAAUCCUCGAGAUGAUAAUGGUCAAACACCGCUGCACUUGGCCUGUUAUCGGGGACACUUGCACACUGUCGAUCUUUUGUUGGGUCACAAUGGCAUUGAUGCCAAUGUGGUGAACAACGAUGGAGACACACCACUGCAUUGGGCAGUUCGGGAUCGAAAAUAUAAAGUGGUGUGUGCGAUGCUGAAGCAGGUUAGUUAAUAAAUACAUAUUAUAUACACUCUCCAG